AUUAACAAACAAACAAAAAAAGUAUUAUAUUCGAGAAAAUAAAAUUAUACUACUACUGUAUAAUAUUAAUUGUUAAUAGUAAGGCGGUUCAUCAAAUUCAUAUACUUGUAAGUUAAUUAUAAUUAUUCUUCUACACGUACCAUCAAAAUUAAAAAUUUCUAGAAAAAUAAAAUACAAAUGAAUGUACCAGUGGGAUUUAUAGCGAAGCUUUGGAGCUUCAUCAAAUUUUUGCCCUUUUUCAUUUCGCUCUUUAUUUUGGGCAUCCUCAAAGCUUUAGUCAUCAGUCCGAUUGCAGCUGGCAUUAUCGGUGUUGGAAACUCUUCGGUGAUUAUUGGACUUUGGCCUGCCCAUAUCAUUUGGACUUUCUACUGUGUAGCAAGAACAAAGAAACUUGGAAUUACGCUGAAGAUUUUGAUGCUGCUUUCCUUGCCAUUGCCUCUUGUUCUUUGGCCUAUUGCUGGUAUUCUUGGGAGCUUUAUAGGUGGCUUUGGAUUUGGGUUUUUUUCGCCAAUACUUGCAACUUUUGAAGCUGUUGGAGAAAAUGUCGCUGACAAAACCUACCAUUGCAUAGUUGAUGGCUGUUGGGAAACGAUUCAGGGAAGCUGCACAGUGGUACGGGACUUCACUGAUUUUUGCUUCCACUCCUACUUCUCCUACAUGGAUGAGCUCAUCAUGAAAAGACCCGCUGAUGAGAAGCCUCUGGAGAUAAAGCUAUCAAGGUUGCCGGGUUGUUUGUUGGUCAGCCUAGUCGGGUUGUUGAUAGAUGUACCUUCGAUAACAGUUCUUGCUCUUUGGAAGAGCCCAUACAUGCUUUUUACUGGAUGGAAAAGGCUAAUUGAAGAUUUCCUUGGAAGAGAAGGACCGUUCCUCGAGACAGUAUGUGUCCCAUUUGGUGGUCUGGCCAUUAUCCUUUGGCCUCUUGCCGUGGUUGGAUCAGUUCUUGCUGCAUUUAUGUCUAGUUUUUUUCUUGGAUUCUAUGCUGGUAUUGUCGUUCAUCAGGAAAAAUCUUUGAGAAUGGGAAUUGCAUUUGUUGUAGCUGCUGUCUCACUCUUCGAUGAGUAUGCAAAUGACUUACUCUAUUUGGAACCCGGAUCACGCCUUCCCAGGCCAAGAUAUCGUAAUCAUGUCCCUCCAGAUAGCUUACAUAGAAGAAACUCAUCAUAUGACAAUGGAAGUAAUGUUGAAAAGGAUGGAAAAGAAGAGCUAAGUGAUUCAAAGCUUAUCUCACAACGCUCGAGAACAUUGAAAGCAGCAAUUCAACAAUAUAAGCCUAUAAAGGUACUGGAUUGGUUGUUUAAAUCAUGUGAGGUGAAUGGAAGGAAAUUACUUCAUGAAGGUCUGAUAAAUGUGAGAGACAUCGAAGAGUGUGUUGUGAAAGGGGACUGCAAGAAAUUGGGUACUGCACUCCCUGCAUGGUGCAUUUUGAAGUGUUUGCUUGCCUCUGCUAAGUCGGAUGCACCUGGUUUAGUCAUCUCUGAUGAGGCAGAUUUGACGAUUACAAAUUGGCCAAGAGAUAAAAUGUUUCAGUGGUUAAUCGAACCUUUGUUGGUCAUGAAAGAGCAGAUCAGAAUAUUAAAUUUGGAUGACAGUGAAGAGGCUUGUUUGUGUCGAGCAAUCAUGAUUUGCAAAAAUGAGACACCAGAGGAUUGGGAUAAUAUUGGGUUUCCAUCUGAAGAUAAUGUCAGAAGAGCACAACUACAAUCUGUCAUCAGAAGAUUGCAGGGGAUUGUGGGAUCCAUGACAAGAAUGCCAACUUUCAGGCGGCGAUUCCAGAAUUUGGUCAAAGUAUUGUAUAUGGAGGCUGCCAAGACUGGUGCCUUGGUGAACUACAUUGUGUCAAACUCUACGGAAAAAAAAGCUACACAGAGUGAGAAGUUGGAUCAAACCUCAGAAGAAACAGCCAGGGGAGGAAGCGAGCAUAACGUGGCAAAUAUGUAUAGGCAGGCAUAGCAUUUCUGAGAUAUUUUGGUAGUUGAGUUGCAGUCUUGCAGAUGCUGGAAUCAGAAAGGGAGACUUUCAAUGCCAAUGAAUGGAACUGAUCAACCAACUAUCAGAUGUUUUGUAAAGAUUAACUCUACUGCUAGCCCACAGCCCGAUAAUUUAGCCGGUGAAAGCAAUACUAGGUUAUAGUUCUUUUAUUGAAGCUUUGACAGAAGACCAUGAAUGAACUAAUUAGUCGAUUGCUCUCUUAUAGGAACUAAUUUUAUGAUUUUGGUCGUUAAGGCACCUAGAUGUCCUUGAUCCUCGAUAAAACCAGUUGUACCAUAUGCAUGGUUCCAAGAAUACAUUAUUUGACCUGUAAACUCAUUUGGAGUCCUUCCAAAUGAAUAAAAGAGCCAAAUUAGUAGCUUCAGUAGGUUCUACAGUAGAUAUUACCCUUGUUUGUAGAUAAUAUUUUUUAUUAAUCACACUAUUAUAAAAUAUCUUAUAUAAGUUGCUAUA